AUGUCCAAUCAAAGCAAUAAUAUUACUAGUAUAUCAAAAUUCGUCGCUUUUGAACAAUAUAUGUCAAUAUAUGGACCAUUUGUAUUGACAUCUCUAGGAAUAAUUGGUAAUAUUCUUUCAAUAUUAAUAUUUUUAUCUCCUCGAUAUCGUCGUCAAUCAUCACAUUUUUAUCUUCUAUCUCUUGCUAUAUCUGAUCUUUGUUUUCUUUGUAUAAAUCUUAUUGAAGAUACAUUUCGUAAUCAUAAUGAAUUAUAUCAAUCACGUAUAAAUAUUCUUGAUCAUAGUUCACCUAUUAUUUGUAUAUUUGUUCAAUAUGCAAGAAAUACAACACGUUUAUUAUCAUCAUGGAUAGUUGUUUCAUUUACAAUUGAACGUCUUCUUGUUGUAUAUUAUCCAUUAAAACGAGUUAUUAUAUGUCGACGUAAAAUAGCACGUUUAGUUGUUCUCUCUUUAUUUAUUAUGAGUCUUUUAAUUAAUAUAAAUGUUCCAUUUCAUUAUGGAAUAAUUAAUUUAUCAAAUCAUUUUCAAAUUGAAGAAACAAUCUGUGAUAUAUUACCACAAUAUCGUUCAAUUUAUAUGAGAUUUGCUAUAAGUGCAAUGGUUACAGUUUAUUUAUUACCUAUGUGUAUUAUAAGUCUUGUUAAUAUGCUAAUUUGUUCUAAACUUUGGAGAAAAAGUUUAUUAACAGAAAAAGAUGAAAAUCAUGAAAUAUUUAAACAAAGACAGAAAAUAAAAAAUUCUCGUCGCUUAGGUAGUUUAUUAGGUUCAUUUUCACGUUCGCAUCUAUCAAAAACUUCAUCAAAUGCUAUAAACCGUGUUCAACAAUGUCAAACACUACGAUUAUCUGCAUUAAAUAAAUGUCAAUCAAUCGGAUCAUUGAUAACAUCUGAAGCUAAUACAACACAGGUUAAUAGUAAUUUUUGGCCUGAUAGACGACAAAAUCAUUCUAAUUCUCAUUCAAUUUCAAAUCCAUCAUUUACAUAUACAGCACAUACGAAACAAUCUCCAACAUGUGUUAAAAAUUAUAUACAAUCUCGAGCAAAUCGUGUUACUGUAACACUUUUACUUGUAUCAUGUUCAUUUUUAUUAUUAAAUUCUCCAUAUUGUGUUGUAUGGCUUGCUAAUUAUGUUCAUGGAUUUCGUAUUGCAGCAUUAAAAUCAAUAAAAGAACUAACAGAAUUAUUUAUGUUAACUAAUUUUUGUAUAAAUUUUUUAUUAUAUUGUGCAAGUGGAAAAGUAUUUCGAAAUGAAUUAAUGUAUAUACUUCGAUGUCAAUGGAAAGAAUUAUAUAAUAGAAAUGAAGGAGAUCGUCGAGGAAGUUAUAAAUCUCGUCCACAAUAUAAUAUACAAUUACAAGAAUCACAAAUAAAACGUCGUACAACAAAUGGUGUUGUUAAAAAACAAAAUUAUUAUCCAUUUAAAAAUUAA